GAGAGAUGGGGAAGAGCAAAGUUCUUGUAGUUGGGGGUACUGGUUAUCUGGGGAGGAGGCUGGUGAAGGCCAGCUUAGCCCAAGGCCACGAAACCUAUAUCCUCCACCGGCCUGAGAUCGGAGUGGACAUCGACAAGGUGCAGAUGCUCUUGUCAUUCAAGCAGCAAGGAGCUCUCCUGGUUGAGGGGUCUUUCAAUGAUCACCAGAGUCUCGUCGAUGCCGUCAAGUUGGUCGACGUUGUCAUCUGUGCAAUCUCCGGCGUGCACAUUAGGAGCCACCAGAUCCUCCUCCAGCUUAAGCUGGUGGAUGCCAUCAAGGAAGCUGGAAAUGUGAAGCGUUUCUUGCCAUCGGAAUUCGGCACUGAUCCAGCACGAAUGGGAGAUGCCAUGGAACCCGGAAGAGUGACAUUUGAUGACAAGAUGGUUGUGAGGAAGGCAAUUCGGGAUGCCGGAAUUCCUUUCACUUAUGUCUCUGCAAAUUGCUUUGCCGGCUACAUGGUAGGAGGUUUGUGUCAACCUGGCAAGAUACUUCCUUCCAGAGAUAAGGUAGUACUGUUUGGAGAUGGCAAUCAAAAAUCAAUAUUUUUGGACGAGGAUGACAUCGCAGCUUAUACUAUCAAAACCAUCAAUGAUCCACGUACACUGAACAAAACAGUUUACCUCAGACCACCUGAAAAUAUACUCUCUCAGAGACAGGUUAUUGAAAUAUGGGAGAAGCUAAUUGGAAAAGUGUUGGAGAAAUCCAUAAUCUCAGAAGAAGAAUAUUUAGCUAGCAUGAAAGGGCAAAGCUAUGAGGAACAAGUUGGACUAACACACUACUACCAUGUUUACUUUGACGGUUGCCUUACAAAUUUUGAAAUAGGCCCUGAAGGAGAAGAGGCAUCAAAGCUUUAUCCAGAAGUUCGGUACACAAGAGUAGAUGAAUAUCUCAGACGUUACUUAUAAAUACUAAUUAAAUUAAUAUUUGAUCUGCAAGUGUUCUAGAAAAAAUAAAUUUCUUUAUGGUUCUUUGUGUUGUGAUAUCAUUUAAUUUCUUAUUUUUAUGUAAUCUAAAAAUGAUGCUUUUCAUUGA